AUGUCUUCCGACCCAUUCCAACCUUUUUUCUUAUUUUUCCCAUCCUUGUCUUCCGAUCCAUUCUAUCCUUUUUCUUCUUCUUCUCAUCCAUGUCCUCGGAUCCAUUUAAUCGUUUUUCUCUUCUUCUCAUCCAUAUCUUACAAUCCAUUUCAUUCUUUUUCUUCUUCUCAUCCAUGUCUUCCGAUCCAUUCCAUCCUUUUUCUUCUUCUUCUCAUCCACGUCUUCCGAUCCAUUCCAUCCUUUUUCUUCUUCUUCUCAUCCACGUCUUCCGAUCCAUUCAAUCCUUUUUCUUCUUCCCAUCCAUGUUUUGGAUCCAUUCCACGCUCUUUCCUUUCCAAACAAAUCGAAUUUCCGACCGAUUGCCAACGUUCAAUUCUUCCCAAACGAUUCAAUCCUAUUUUACUUUUGGACACUUCUAUGUUUUUUCAGUUUCAGAUCCAUUUUAAUCUUUCUUUUACAGAUCCAUUUAAUUCUCCUGAUUCUACAGAUCACGAUCUUUCUUCCGAGUCAUUUCAACAUCUUUCUUCUUCUGAUACAUUCAAUUCUUUUCUUCUUUGGAUCCAUUCCACGUCGUCUCUCCUUUUCAUCCAUUGUACACUAUUUCUACUUCCGACCCUUUUCCUUCUUACUAUACAUCCCUUCAUUUUUCUUCUUCCGAUCCUAUCCACUCUCUUUCUAAUUGUUAGCAAUUCCAGCUUCUUUCUUCUUCCGGUCUAUUACUAUGCUCUUUCAUUUCCCAUCCAUUCCACACAAUUUCUUCUUCCAAUCCAUACAACGCUCUUUCUUCUUCUGAAACAUUCCACGCUCUUUCUCCGUCCGAUCCAUUCUACACUAUGUCUACUUCCAGUCCAUUCCACAAACAUUCUUCUUUCGAUUCUUUUAACGAUCUUAUAUUUUGAUAUAUGUUGCCAACGCUAUUUCUCUUCCGGUCUAUUCCACGGUUUAUCUUCAUCAGAUCCAUUCUCUUUUUCCAUCCAUUUUACACUCUUUUUUUUUAUCCCUGGUCCAUUCUACACUCUUACUUCUUCCAAUCGAUUUCUUUCGUCUUUUGCUCCAUUUCACACUCUCUCUUCUUCACAUCCAUUCUACAUUAUUUCCACUCUCUCUUCUUCCGAAGCCAUGACACCCACGUUCUUCUGGUCAUUCAUUACUAUUUCUUCUUCUGAUCCAUUCCACGCUGUUUCUUCUUUGAAUCCAUUCCGCCACCGUUCCUCGUCGGCUCUAUUCCACCCGAUAUCUUCUGGCAAUGCCUUCUUCGUCCCAAUCGAUUCCGUUCAAUCCACACUUUUUUCUCUUCUGAAUAAGUCUACACUAUUUCUUCUUCCAAUUCUUCCAAUCCUCUUUCUUCUUCCAAUCCUCUUUCAUCAUUCAAGCCAUUCCACACUCUUUCUUCUUACAACAUGCACCAAUUAA